AUGGAUCGUGAACUCGGCACCUGGCUCCGUAGUGAUGCCACGGUGAUUGGCCCUCUGAAGUGUCUUCCCGGAUGGGGAGGGGUUGAACUUCUUCGCCGAGGGCUAGGAGGGGAUCAAUGCGGGAGACUUCCUCAGCGUUGCUCCGCUCGCCCGCUGUCUGUCACCUCGACCCAAGCGCUUUCCAGCGCAGCAGGUGGUCAACUUUCAGGUGCAGGCAGCUGCCUGUCCAGACUUCUCCAGACGAUUACAAGUUUGCAGCAGGCAGGUGAUCUGCCAGUACACCUACCGAGACCAGGAAGACUUGACGCGGCUUCCUCGACAGCUUGGCGACCUCGCAGAGACUUGCAUCCAGUGAGCACGACGGGUGAGUCGCGGGGAGCCCCCUCCGCUCCAAGCGGGGACGAAGCUCUGGCGAUCCAGCUGCAGUUUGGAGACCCCAUCGCAGCACUGCUGCCGGAUGUCUCUUUGCCGAUUCCGGCCUCAGAGCACGCAGGGUAUUCCGCAUUUCAGCGUGGCGGCGUAGAUCAAGCCCUAGCACUCGCUCUCAGCCUCGCAGAAACUGGCAGUGAGGAUCCGGAUGAUCUCUCGGCCAACGCUCCGAACUUUCGUGCUGAAGCUAGGCAGCGUGUGCAAGCCCGACGAUCGGCAUCUCGGCGACAGCCCGGCAUCAAUUCCCGUGUCAACGAGAGAGAUGCCGCUGAGCCGGGAGCUGCAGGAGAGCCUGAUGACGCUGACGGCUUCUAUUCGCGACUCUGGGGCCUUGAUGUGCAGACCUACAACCAGGAUGACCGCAGACCACGACGCAGGCAAUGGCAAGCUCACCCAUCCACGACACUCACGACCCCUACGGUGGGAGGCGCUGGAGGUUCUGGCUCCCGACCGCCCAGGCCCCGGCCAUCUCCACCGAGGACAUCGCCAGAGCCACCAGUGCUGCCAGAUGUGGCCAACUCCGCCUCGACAGCCAUCAUCUCGUUUUCUCCAGCCGAGGGGCCGGCAGAGGCCUGUGCCAUCUGCUGUGAGCAGUUUGUGGAAGCUGAUCAUCUACGACUGCUUCCCUGCUUGCACAGGUACCAUGUGCAGUGCAUUGACCGUUGGCUGGGUCAGAGUCAAACUUGUCCAAUAUGCAAACAUACGAUCGCUUGA